AUGGAGGGUCCAGACGGGGAUGACAUCUCGCACAAGGGUACCAUCCUUACGCCAACCGAGCACUCAGACUCUAACACAUUGCAAGACAAAAAGCACAAUCUUACCACCCUGCCUCUUGAGGUCCGCUGGCUGAUCUACGACCACCUCUCCCACAACACAGCCUUCCAUCCCACCAACCCCCGCUCACCACGGCGCUGUUUCCGCCUUGACUGGACAACCUUUUCCAAAAGUCUCCCCGACCACGGACUAGGGGAGAUUGCGCCCCUAGCCACAACUUGCCGCCAAUUGAGAGUUGAAAUCCUGCCCACGUUGUUCAAGAGCGUCAUUGUCAAGUUCCCCGCUUGGAAUGAAGACUUCAAGACGCAGUGUCUGUAUUGGAUUGACCAUGUGAGCGAACUGACGAUUAGGAGUGUCGAUUGUUUGUGGCUUGAGGGAGUUUACUGGAGGCUGUGUCUCAGAUUGGGGAAAGAGUGUGGUGAGGGUUGGGAGGAGGCUGAUGCGAGGAAGAGGGAUUGGAGGCAGUUUAGCGGGUUUGUGGAGAAGGAGGGGGAGGGAUUUGCGAUCAAGGUGGAGUUUUUUGAUAGUGUGAAGGCGAAGGCGGAGGUUGCGGCGGAGAUGUUGAGGGGGAUUGUUGCAGGGAUGCUUGAUGGGAUGGAUGAAAAGGAGUUGGGCAAGAAGGAGCUGAGGUGUCUGGUGAGUGGAGCGGGGUUAGAGGGGUGGGAGCCCAGGGGUGUGUUUAGGAGAGGAUAA